GCGCGGAGGGACGGGACCGGGGCGGCGGAGGGACGGGGCGGGGAGGAAGGUUCCGAGCUGCUAGAGCAGACAGCCCUAGGCCCCAGCGUGGGAGUUCUGGCCGGGUUUUCCGGUUUUGCCUGCGACCCGGAGCUGUCGAGGCGCAGCGGCCCGAUUCGCACCAGCGGCCCUCGGGGCGUCCGGCCCUCUGGGGCGCAUCUCUGGCUGUCAUGGCCGCCGCCGGCUUGCGGGCCUUCGGGACAAAGGGGCCCGGCUGGCUCCGACGCAGCCCUUGGGCUCCGCUCUCCGCCGACUUCUGCAGCAGGGGUCCGGCCGGGGCCGGGCGGCCGGAGCUCGGGCCGCGACCCACCAGCGCGCGGCAGCGGGACGGCAUCAGGAACAUUGUCUUGAGUGAUCCGAAGAAGAGGAAUGCGCUGUCAUUAGCCAUGCUGAAAUCUCUGCGAAGUGACAUUCUUCACGAAGCUGAAAGCAAAGACCUAAAAGUCAUCAUCAUUUCAGCUGAGGGGCCCGUAUUUUCUUCUGGGCAUGAUUUAAAGGAACUGACGGAUGAGCGAAGCCCAGAUUAUCAUGCCGAAGUAUUUCAGACCUGUUCUGAGGUCAUGAUGCUGAUCCAGAACCACCCAGUCCCCGUCAUCGCCAUGGUGAACGGCUUGGCCACCGCAGCCGGCUGCCAGCUCGUUGCCAGCUGUGACAUUGCCGUGGCGAGUGACAAGUCCUCUUUCGCCACGCCAGGUGUGAACAUCGGGCUCUUCUGCUCCACCCCUGCAGUGGCCUUGGGGAGAGCGGUGCCGAGAAAGGUUGCCUUAGAAAUGCUUUUUACUGGGGAGCCCAUUUCUGCUCAGGAGGCCUUGCUCCAUGGGCUGCUGAGCAAAGUCGUACCAGAAGACCAGCUGGAGGAAGAGACCAUGAAAAUUGCAAAGAAGAUUGCCUCCUUGAGCCGUCCUGUGGUGUCUUUGGGCAAGGCCACGUUCUACAGGCAGCUGCCCCAGGACCUUAGAACAGCCUACCACCUCACCUCCCAGACCAUGGUGGACAACGUGGCCCUGAAGGAUGGGCAGGAGGGAAUCAAGGCCUUCAUCCAGAAGAGAAAACCCGUUUGGUCGCAGUGAGUGGUCUCAUUAGAGAAGCGGAGGAAAAGGCAGCCCCCACCCCCCACCUUCUGAUGCCGGAACACCACUGCUGCCUCGUGACUAUAGAAGGCGGCCUGCUAUGUAACAGCAGUAAUGGUCUCACCACACGUGGUCUGAACAAAAAGCCAGGAUUCCGUGGGGGAAAGGAGGAUGCGGAGAAUCAAAUCAAGUGGAAGGACAGUCAGCACCUGGGCCAGCUAGCUGUGGUGGAAAGCCUGGUCCUUGAGCUGCGCCUUCAAGGGCCGUAACUGGGGGGUCGCCUGACGCGGGAGAAGGUGAGGAUACACAGAAGCGUAACAGGAGGAUGCCAGCCGAACUCUGCCUUCCGAAGUGUCCCCGGAGGUGGAGUUCGUUCUGGCUGCCCAGGAGCGGCCAAGCAUUUCAGUUCUCCACGGGAUGUUCUCCACACCGAAAAUCUUCUGGAUUCCACUUCUCAACAGAAAUUAGGCUUUGGACUAAUCUUCUGUGAUUUAAAAAGAUUAAAUAUUGAGAAGGACUGGUAAUUUUAUCUUUCCCCAGCCAGACUGCAAGCUGUCUGAGAAGAGAAAAAAACAAACAGAAAACCAAUGAUCUGUUUCUUUGUAAGCUGCACACCGGGUACCUGAUGUUUCUGUAGUGAGCAUCCUGGCCGAGAUCCUGACACCCGGACCCUGAGGACGGAAACAUCAGGGAGUGGUGGGAGGGACACAGGACGCAUGUUCUUUCCCCUGCACCCCACCUGCUCUGCUCCGCCUCCGGGAGGCGGUACAAACUAGCCCCAGGCCUUCGAGCUCCCCAGCUGAGCAAGCCCGUGGAUCACGACCUAAACCUGUUCCUCUCUGGCUUAGGGCCCAGCCUGGCUCAAGAUGUGUUCCAGAUCUUUUGUCCUCAAGCUUUCACAUGUAGGGCUUUAAAAACAAAACAAAAAAAAACAAAACCAGUUUAUCUUCCCUCGGAGUAGAAUGUGGCCAUAAUGUGGCCCAGUCCCAAGGCUGAGAUAGAGAAGCACAGGGCUCUACCCUGGGGUUCUCCUUCAGGGCUUGUACGUGUUGCAAUGGCUGUCCCCAGUGUUUCCACAGCUUUCUGUUGAGAUUGACAAUUUUUUUGCUUUGACUGAGUUUAGAAAGGUCAAAAAAAAAAAAAGUGCUUUCUUGGAAAGGAGGAACUUGUUACUAAGAUGCUCGUCGUGCGCAGAGGGCAUCAGAGCUGCGGUAUGCUGGACACCUAGGGCGUGCCAGGUGCCCUCUGUGCGUUCUCAUUUCAUCCUCACUAGACCCCGUGGAGCGGGCACUACGGUUGUCUCCAUCCUGCAGGGAGCUUUGCUGACCUCAGCCCUGCAGACCACACCCCUGCAGCACAAGCGCCAGGAAGUCAGGGAACGGGGUCCCCUCGCCCUGUGUGACAGAGCAUUCCACAGUCUGGCUUGAGCCCCACAGAAUACCAGCAAAUGGUGUGAUACCAGCCCCCCCGACUAACUUCACACCAGUGAAUUUGGGGGUAGUUGCCAUUAAGGACAGGACUGAUUUAAGGAGCCGAAAUUCCUGGAGUAGCUCUGACCACCCCCCUGGUGUGUAGGAGACUCAGAGAAGUGAAGGCAUUUGCCGAGGUCAAGCCAGGAUGUGGGUUCGGCUCGCACGGUCCUGAGUCUGUGCUCCUGACUACCACGCCAUGUUCCUCCCGACAUGCUGAAGACUGCUCUUCCAGCCUGGAGAGACUGAAUGCGCUCAGAGGAAACCAAUCAGAAAUGCCCCAGCCAAGGCCACACAGUUUUGCUUACCAAAGGAGAUUUGGGGAAAAGCAGGGAUUUGAGCACGGAGAACGCCACGUUCCGGUCCCAGGUCUGCAGUGUGGCCGUGAGCAGGUGAUUCCGUUGCUCUGUCCAAUAUACAUGACACUGUCGGACCCUCUUGUCCUCUUCGCUGUGACGCUCCGGACUCUACCGUACUGGGAUUUGGGAACUUGCCGAGGAACUUGAACAGGCAGCUUUUGCUCAAAAGAAAAGCUCUUCUACAAACGGAGAAGAUGGGCGUUUUACCUCCAGAGGCACAGAGCACUGGCAACACCUGAGCGCUUUGAGAACCAGCAAUCCAUCCCAAAUGCUCAGAGCCUCGGGGCCACACUCGCACCUCUUGAAGGUGUCAUCGACCAGGAAGCCGCGACCUGAUGCACAUCUCUCCCCAAACUGGCAGUCACCCUUCAUUUUGUCCACGUGCGUUAUUCAGCCAGCAGCCCCCCCAUUCCCACCCCUGCCACCACCUUUCCUCUGCUUCCUCUGGAAACCCACUGCACGAAGAGUAGCGUUUCCAAAGUGUGGGCCCUGGAUGACCUGGAUCUUCACAUGCAGGUUCCUGGGCUCCUCCCCCGACCUACUGAAUCACAAAUUCACACUUCCAAGGCCUAAAAAUAUGCAUUAAAAAAAAAGUCUCCAAGUGAUUCUGCGCACUAAAAUGUAUGAACUCCUGCAUUCCAGCGGAAGUGACCGUCUCUCUCCAGCUGCAUCUGUAUUUUAACGGUUGAGCCCAUGCAGCUUUUCUGAUGAAGUUGGAGGCAGUUACCACCGGCUCGGAGAGGAAUGUGAGGAGGCUUGAGCUCUUCCAGGAGCCUCUGGAAAUCUUCCACGUGGGCAGAUUUUAGGGCCUUCAAAGGCCCCAGGUGCUCGUGCCUCUGGGAGCCCCACCCCCUAUCACAUUACACAUCCGAAUACACCUGUAUUCCACACUGAAUGUAAUUCUUCUAUUUAGGGAAAGGAGCCCCGUGAUUUCUUGGCAAUUAUCAAGUAUUCGGGAGAUAAAUUCAACAUUAUUGAACUUGAUGUGUUACAGUUAAUAAAAUUUUUUUUAAAA